AUGAUUGAAGGACAAGCCAGACUCGUCAUCAGUGGUGCCGGCCAAGGAAUUGGGAGAGCCGUAGCAAGACACUUUGCAAGCAAGGGCCACAAGAUCUUCAUUGUUGACAUCAAUGAAGAGAGCCUUCGAUACACAGCGGAGGAGCAUCUGAAGGAAUAUGCAGAUUUAAUAGGCUGGUCCAAAUGCGACCUCCGCAGCGUUGAUGAUAUUCGUGCCACUGUCAAGAAGGCUGCCAAAUUCCUGGACAACCGUAUCGACUUCCUGGUCAACAAUGCCGGUAUUUCGUCACCUUACUGGAAGGAUGGCAAAACGAUGGCCGAUGAGUCAGUCCUUGACGAGUGGCAGGCUUAUGUGGAAACCAACCUUACCGGCCCUUUCGUCAUGUCCCAGGCGUGCCUUCCCUACAUGAAAGUUGAACAUCAAGACGAGAAGAGCAAGCUCCCCAAGUCAAAUGUCGGCACCGCAGGGCCAUGCAUUAUUCACGUGAGCAGCUUUCGAGCUUUCAUUUCCGAUCCCAACCAGGAAGGAUACGCAUCAACAAAGGCCGCCUUGAUGGGGCUUACGCAGAGCAUGGCUGUUUCUCUGCAGGACUUCGGCGUUCGCGUCAACAUGAUCUCACCAGGCCGCGUCAAGGUGAGCCACGAGAACCCUACUGCUGACAAAGAGGGAGAGGAAUGGGAGUUGGAUGAGGAUGAUGUUGAGGUCCAUCCCACGAAUCGAGCAGGGCUACCAGAAGACAUCGCCGAGGGCAUUGAGUACCUCCUCGGUGCCGGCUUCGUGACAGGUCAGAAUUUGGUGGUCGAUGGUGGCGUCAGCAAAGUCAAGGGGAAGGCUUAG